CUAACAAUACUGUGUUUUGGAAAAAAUAGCUCGGGCCGUCAAAACUGCUUUUCGAAUUAAAGGAACUUCUUUGCGUAAGAGAUCACAAGCUUUAACUGCUAGAGAACCUCAGUCCGUUUCAAGUUUAAUGAUUACAUAUUGCGAGUGGGAUUGUAUAGUUUUCGCAAUGAAUUUUAUGAAGUUAUAUUUUAAUUGAAUUGGGAUGUGUGUUAUUACCUGUGUCCAGCUUUUUUAACCAAAAAUAUGAUAAAAGUUAAUUAAAAAAAAAAAAGACUUCCAAACUCAAACGUCUAAAUUCCGUCUGAAAAUGUUGGGUAGAAAUGUAACAUUGUUUUUCCUAACAAUGCUGUGGUUUAACUUUUGUAGUGUGCGUUGAAAAUAUUGAAAUGGACAUUUCCCCUGAAGCUGUUGAAGGAUGUUCUGCUGAAAAUGAAAAUGCUGGGAUCAUGGGUGAGCUCUCUGCCAAAUCAGCAGCAAAAAGUUAUUGGAAGAAAGAACUUGAAGAUGAGCUAGAUGACCUACAUCUACGCGAGGAAUGGACUUUUGGCAAAGUCAGUGAAGAUCAUCAGCACACUGGUAGCGAGGAAGAUGCAAUGGAAUUUGUGCAGAGCAAACGUUCAGAACAAUUAUACAGCCAUAACUGUUCCAAGAAAUGCCAGGAUAAAGGUUUGGUUUUCAUAGUACAUGUAGCAUGGACUUGUUUUGGUUUCAUGAAUCUGCAAAUAUAAUGCUAAUUUAUGUGGUUAAUAAAAUCCUUCCAUACUCUACCCUUUUAUUUCAAUUUUUUAUUCAGCUCACCCACAUAGUUGUGAAAUUCCAUUAACCCCCAGUCAUAUCUUUCUCCCGUAAGGGCAUUAUAGAGGAUUUGACAUACCAUCAGUAAGGACGACAUAGUUCAAUAGUCAGACCAUUUUUGCAGGUUGUGGUUAGUUGUAUGUGGCAGAUGGAAACUGGAAACUUCGUUAUGCUCACUGCAUGUGGAAAGUGCCUGUGAUAGUUCCAGGAUUUGGGGAAGCAAAGUAUCCAAAUAUCUGUCCUCUGUCCCCGAAACGUGGUCAUGCAUUUUGUGAAAAACAUUGUCACAUAGCAGUAGCAGCAGGAUAUCCCUCAGAGCUUCGUUUGUUCCUUAAAAUGUGUGGAGUGCCUGAUGCUGAUAAAUUUACCAGUAUGCCAGUGCAUUCUUAAUUAAAUCAUUGAUAUGUUUCUUUAGACGAUAGUGAGGAAUUGAAAUUAUCAAUAUCAGUUGUGUUUAUCAUUAUGCUUCAGAGUUGGAGGAAACUGCACCUCAAAACCAGGAUGCUUUGGGUCCAGACAUAAUCAGUGUUGUUGAUGACAAUUUGAAGACAUGUGCACAGUCGAGCCAGCCUGGUAAAUUGAAUGCUUCAAGCUAUCAAGGUGAUUAUAGUUAAGUUAUUAUU